AUGCCGUUUACAAAAAUCCAAGUCCUAAACCCCCUCGUCGAACUCGACGGCGACGAACUAACCCGCGUAAUCUGGCAAGACAUCAAAACCCGCUUCAUCCACCCAUACCUCACCCUCGACCUAAAAUACUACGACCUAGGCCUCCCAAACCGCGACGCCACAGAAAACGCAGUCGUCCACGAAGCAGGCCAAGCAAUAAAAAAGUACUCCGUCGGAGUGAAAUGCGCAACAAUAAGCGUAGAUCCAACCCGCGUUCAAGAAUACAACCUAAAAGCCGCCUGGCCAUCUCCCAAUAUCGCACUGAGGGCCGUCAUAGGCGGGACCAUCUUCCGGGAACCAGUGAUAAUCCCGAGCAUUCCACGCUACGUGCAAGGAUGGAAGAAACCCAUUAUCAUUGGUCGACAUGCGUUUGGGGAUCAUACCCGUGCGAAAGAAAGGCUUAUGCAUGGACCCGGUAAACUUGAGAUGGUUUUUACGCCGAAAGGUGGGAUGCCUGAGACUGUUGAGGUGGCUGAUUUCGAUGAUGAUGGAGGUGUGGGACUUACGAUGUAUAACACGAGAACGUCGAUUACGGAUUUCGCGCAUUCGUGUUUUCGGUAUGCGUUGUCGAAAAGGUUGCCGCUAUUUUUAAGCACGAAGAACACUGUGCUCAAGACGUAUGAUGGGUUGUUUGUGGAGAUUUUUGAGGAUUUGUAUGAGGGGUAUCGGGCGAGUUUUGAGGAGGCGGGGAUCACUUAUGAGCAUCGACUUAUUGAUGAUAUGGUGGCUUAUAUGAUUAAGAGUGAAGGGGGGAUGGUCAUGGCGCUGAAAAACUACGACGGUGAUAUCCAAUCCGAUAUCGUAGCACAGGGCUUCGGUUCACUCGGUCUCAUGACAUCUAUUCUCGUCUCGCCCGAUGGGCGAACCUUUUUCACUGAAGCGGCGCAUGGAACUGUGACACGCCAUUAUCGAGAGCAUCUCAAAGGGAAGGAGACGUCAACAAACCCUGUUGCGUCGAUUUUUGCCUGGACGAGAGCUUUGAUGAAGCGUGGGGAGCUGGAUGGGACGCCAGAGGUUAUCGCAUUUGCAGAGAAGUUGGAGAAGGCUUGUAUUGAUGCUAUUGAGGUUGAUGGGAUUAUGACUAAGGAUUUGGCUUAUGCUUGUGGACGAAAAGAUGGGUGGGUUGUUACGAGGGUUUAUAUGGAGGCUGUUGAGAAAAGGUUGAAGGGUUUGUUGUAG